UCGAUAAAACGGGCGACGCGAAUUUAGUUCAGUGCCAAAUCUAAAAUGAAGUUGACCGGUGCAUUUGCUUUUAUUUUGGCAAAUCUUUGCGUAUUGCAGGGAUUUGGUACGACUGCGGCCGAGGCAGACCUAAACCCCGUAGAAAUCAUACUCCAAAUAGUCGAAGAACGCGUCCUGUCCAUAAACGCGAUCAACGCGAGGAUAAUCAAAGCUGCGGGUCAAUUGAUCCAGUACUUCCUGGAAGACGCUGACUCUAUUAGGGACGCCUUCAGCGAUAUAGCUUCCGAACAGAUCGAUUUCAUUUUGGAGGCGUUCAGGGCGGCCAUGAACCACUUGAGCGUCGACGCCGGUCCUAAUUUCAGCACCGCCAUUAAUUGCACGCAGCGAUUUUUGGACCAGCUCGAGUUCUUGUCCGGGGUGGCCAUCAACAAAACCGCCAUUUGCGUGGAAGAAGACACGCUGAAGCUGCUCGACGACGUGGACGCGAUUUUCAACGAUUUGGAAAAGGUCAACGGAAGGUUGCACGACAUAGAGGGUCGGUUGUCCUCCUGCGGCUCGACAGAUGACGUCGUCCAAUGCGCGUUAACUUUGUUGAAACGGAUCGAGAAAGAGGCCGAGAAUAUUCCGAAUGCGGUAGAAGAAAGUGUCGGCAGAGCGAAAGACACGCUGACCGUGCUCGAGCAGAAACUGAUUCAGUGCCUCAACGAUUCUCUCAACUGGCUCGAUCAGCAAGGGGACCCCAUAUAUUUCGAACUCGUCGAUUGUAUAGGAUAAAAAGCCCAGCGUCGGCGAGUCUCUUAAUUAACCAAUAAAAUUCAACUAUAUUUGUCAAUUUUUUUUUAUAUUUACAAAAACUAUUUUACCCACUGUCAAAGGAAGAAUCUCCGGCGUUGCCCAGUUUACCACAAACAUCAAUGA